AUGGAAAUAAUUUUGAAAGAAAUCGAAAUUGAAAAGCUAAAGGAAAAAGCUCUAAUCUCAACAAUUCACCGUGAAUUCUACAAAAAUUACUAUCUUUACGUACCAUAUGAUAAAGAAACUGGAAAAGCAACCAUUUCCGUAAACUCUUUUACAGAAGAAGAAAUCAUCACAAACAAAGAAAAAAAAAUGUUUGAAAAGCUUCUUAAUGAUAUUACAAACGAUUUUGGUGGAGAAAUUUUAUUACAAAAAUACAUUUACUUACAACAAAUUAAACUUAAAAUUGAUUCAUCUUCAUGUAAAAAUGAUUUAUUUAAAUAUAUUGAUAACUUAUAUUCGGUUUACAUUUUAGCUAAUUUAAAUUUUAUCAACGAAUAA